UCCACAGCUGACGUAAGUCCAGACAAACUCUUCUAAUUUCGUGAUGUUGCUCCGGUCAAAGUAUUUGUCGCGAGGACUCAUUAACAACAUUAGCAAGUCAAUCGGAGAUGAAAAUCAAAUGUCAGUGCUUUGUUUGUUUUUUAUGUGUUUCUGAGAAUUGUUUGAUGCUCCAAUGUUUCCUAACAGAUCCCGAGGAUGUACAGUAACGUGUCAAACAUCUCGGACUGCAGCCCUUCGAGCCUUGACACCACAAAGGUCAUCGUUGCCUGUCUUUUCUUCAUCAUGUUCCCCUUUGCAUUAUUGCUUAACGCGGUCGCAGUGUGGGUGUCUUUCCACCUCCGCUCAGUUUCCACUUUUGUAGUUUAUCUCAAAAACCUUGUGCUGGCUGACCUGCUCAUGACAGCGACCAUCCCUCCCCUGGCAGCAAACCUGCUUCCUGGGGCAAAAAUUCAGAUUAAAGUCUUUUUGUGCUGUUAUGCGGGAAUCAUUUUUUACACUAGUUUGUACACCAGCAUAACCUUGAUGGGUCUUAUCAGCCUGGACCGCUUCUUCAAAAUUGUUAGGCCUUGGGGAAGCACACUGGGACAAAACGUAAUGUUCAGCAAAAUAACGUCCACCUUCGUUUGGGUUGUGCUGUUCGGAGUUACGGCUGUCCCAACUAUAAUUCUAACUGAUGAAACUCCUCGUAAUGACUCGGAAGACAUCUGCUUGUCCCUGAAGGGUCCAGUUGGGUUGACUUUUCACAGGUACGUCGUGAGCUCUAUGGAGAUACUUUUCUGGAUUUGCAGCGUGCUGAUUGUGUCUUGCUACGUCUGCAUCACAAUGAGAGUCCUGCAGUCCUUCAGAAACUCCGGGAGCAACAACGGCAAAGGAAAGAAGAAGACAAAACUACGGGUCUUCGUGGUUCUCCUUGUGUUUUGUGUGUGCUUUGUUCCUCUGCAUAUACUACGCAUUCCUCUUAAUCUGCAGCAAGUUGAUGUCUGCAAUCAAGAAUGGUUGCUCAUAUUGCACGAAUUAGCCAUCUGGGUUGCUUCCACAAAAGUCUUCCUCGACCCGUUUCUGUAUGUUCUCCUGUGCAAAAGCUACAAAAACAAACUGACUGACAUGGUAAAAGGAGCAGGUAUCUGUAUUUUGCACAGAGGGUGAUUGUC